AUGGACUCUUUCAACAAAUCGGAUGAACGUUUUUCUGAUAAAAAAUCUUUUGGCACUAAUCACAUACUGGUCACUAUAGUUGUAAUUUUGGAUGUCAUCGCCUUGGUCACGUUUCUGACUAACGGUGUUGUUUUUGUGGCUAUUGUAACUACAGUGAGAAAACUAGACGUCGCACAUAGCGUCCGUAACCAUAGCAACAACAGCUACAUAACCAAAAUGCUCAUUCUUUCCAUGACUAUUUCCGGUGUUUUGGUUGGCGGUUUCCUCAUGCCGUUGGCCUCAAUGAGCAUAAACAGCGAUGGCAUAUUGGGAGAUUCUUUAUUCAACGUUCGAGUCUAUGCUGACUACCUGCUGUGCAUGACCACGUCUUUUCACAUCACAUUUAUGGCAAUGGACACUUACCUGGUCGUCUGCAAACCUCUGGUAUACCGACGUCUCUCACCUCGGAUAAGCUACGUGGUGAUAGCUUUAGGCUGGAUGAUACCAACAUUGAUAAUAGUACUGUUCUGUUUCCUAGCUUCGGAUAACUGGUAUGUGAGUGGAUUGACUUCGACGGAGUGCUUACAAUUUAGCAGCAUGCACAUUUUAGAUAUAUCUUGCUCGGCACUCUACUUUGGCUUGCUUAUUCUAGUUUGGAUUUUGUACGCAUUUGUUUUUCAAAAAGUGCUUGGUUUUAGACAAAGAAAAGCCUUACGACUAAUUCAAGUGAACAAAGGUGAACGCAAGAUUCGAACUAGUUCGACAAAGUUUGAGCUGUUUACGUUAUCAACGGAUGGUGGAACGUCCACAGUCAACAGGGAGGACAUCAACCAGGCAGUCACACAGCUCAAGAUAAAAAGUCGAUCUAGUUUUAAAGGAUAUUAUUUCAUUGGUAUAAUUCUGGUGUGCUUUAGUGUGUUUUGGAUCCCUUCUUGGAUUCUGUUGCUAUUAUACCGCUCUUGCAGUAAAGAAAUACCUGAAUGGACUUUUAUAGUUUUUGAUUGGUUGUGGUACCUGAGCUCAACUGUAAACCCAAUUAUCUAUUGUUCUCACAAAUCAAUCAGACUGGCAGUUAAACAAGUUCUUAAUAUUUAG